CGCUGGAAGCGGAUCGGAGUGUGUUCGUCGUUCUUCCUCGUGGACGAUCACCUCGCGGCGAGCUGUAUGAUAGUUUUCUCAUUUGCUUCGUUCUUCGGGACCCGGUGACUUUUCAACUACGAUCGAUAGCGUGGUAGUGUGUCUACGAAACGCGUGUUCCCGUUAGUCACCGACGUUAUGAAGACUCGUGGAAUACGUGAUACGCGGUAGUGAGAUCGAAUCGGAGCAACGGCGGUUUUACAGUGGUUGAGAUUGAAAUUCCUUCGGGUGCGGACCGAAACGAUCUAUAUCCGCUAUUAUCCUCUGCGAAUCGGGGUGAAACGAUUCGAUGUACGGUGCGCGGAAGCUGGUUCUCUCGUGGGUAUUUGUCGCGUUUCGUUUUUCGUGUGUACUGGGUGAAGAAAAAUUGGUGCGUACUUCGGUUGCUCGGUUUUACACAGCCGAGGAUAUACACCUCGGAUUCGAGCGCAGUGUGAACUAGCAAAGUAAAAAGAGAUAAACCGACCAGUGAAGAGUUGUAUCAUUCACCGAAGCGGAUACGAGGAACACGUUGUUCCUGGUGGUUGGCUGUGUGCGGGAUCGACGAACAGGAAGGGAGGAUUUAUCUAUCGAAGGACCACUUGCUUCUUCAAGCUCUCGAGGUUGGCGAGAGAAGCGAGGACGCCGCUGAGCCGUCGGACGCUUGAUCCGAUCGGUUCACCGAUUCUACGGAAGUACGGUGUGAUUCGCUGCGGCCGAAGGAUCCCUUCCAUCGUGUCCACGUCGUGGUCGAUUUUUGUUCACUUCAUAUAGCCUGGUCCAUCUGGAUAGCCACGAAACCUGAGUGCUUCUCAUGUGUCAGUGACAGUUCUGUGUGUUCCGGUUAAAAUCUUUCGUGCGAUGUACACAGACCACGCCGUCUUCGUCUUCCAUCUUGCGUAGUCGGAGCUCGGAACUUCACGAUGGAGUGCCGCAAGGGUCGACGGAAAGGUCUACUCAGUGGCCUGGUGUUUGCGUGGCUCCUAACCAGCGGUUGUACCGUCGCGGCGCGAAAUAUAGAGAGGUACGACACCGCGUACGCCUGUGAGGGGAAAGUACUGUGGAUCGAGUGCGGCGAGGGUAAAUUAAUUCACCUUAUAAGGGCAAACUACGGGAGGUUCUCGAUAACGAUAUGCAACGAGCACGGGAACACCGACUGGAGCGUCAACUGUAUGUCGCCCAAGUCCUUCCGGGUGCUGAACAGCGAGUGCAACGACCAGCAGAACUGCAGCAUUGUUGCGUCGACGCUGCAAUUCGGCGAUCCCUGUCCCAACACGCACAAGUACCUCGAGGCGCAUUAUCGUUGCGUGUCCGCGGCAACAACCACGACAACGUCCCGUCCGAGCCCGCCGUGGUUCAUGACUUCUCAGCCGAGCGUUUGGAGCACAGCUAAGCCGACUGUCAGGCCUCCCUCGAGGAUUACGACGCCCCCGGCUCAGCAGUCGCCGCAACCGCCGACACCGUCCACCUCGGUGCUGCCAAUAACUACUAUGACAAGUCCCACGUCGUCGAGGUCGCCGGUCAAUAUGGAGGAUCUCGAGGUGGACCAAGACUUAACACUUCCACAGAACGUUCCGUCUGGGAACAGGCCGCCAGUGCCUCCGGUCGUUCCUGAGACCACUCAGCCCACAACCACGUCAACAUUCGCUCCUUGGAGGACGAGUCGAAGGACUACCGUGCCGAGUACGCUGUUCUCGGAGUCAAGCUCGAACGGGCAAUGGUACGACUACGGCAGACAAGUGUGUCCCCCGGUGAUAGCCAGGAACCUGUCGUGGAACACGACCAGGGCCGGGGACGUGGCCGUGCAGAGCUGUCCGGGCGGUGCGAACGGCUUGGCGCGGUGGCGAUGCCUGGCGAAGGGCGACACGGCCUACUGGCACCGAGACAGUCCGGAUCUGAGCGAGUGCCGUUCCGUUUGGCUCACCACGCUGGAGAACAGGGUGACCGAGGGCGACGUGAUCCUCGGCAUCAGCAGGGAGUUGUCGCAAGUGACCGAUAACAGCAGAGGACUCUACGGUGGAGAUAUGAUGAUUACGACGAAGAUCAUCAAGAACAUGGCGGAGAAGAUGGCGCAGGAUAUAAGGACGUAUCAGGACGCGAAUCAGAGGGAGGUGAGCGUGACUGAGCUGUUGCAAGGUGUCGUGAGGACAGGGAGCAACCUGCUGGACAAGGCGCAAAUGGCGUCUUGGAAGGACCUCAGCCAUCAGGAGCAGAUGAGAGUCGCGACCUCCUUAUUGAUCGGACUCGAAGAGAACGCGUUUUUGCUCGCCGACACGCUGAUGCACGAGAAAACGAUCACUCACGAGGGCAGGAAUAUAUUGAUGGAGGUGCGCGUAUUGGACGCACGGAACAUCGGCGACGAUCUGGAGGUGUUUCCAACGGAGGCCGCCCAACAGAAGUGGACAGCAUCGAACGAUCGCAUAGAGCUAACCAAAGGCGCUUUGUUAGAAAAUAGCGAGGGUGGCAUUGUCCGUCUGGUCUUCAUGGCGUUUGAUAGGCUCGAGGAGAUCUUACAGCCGCAAGCCGAGGUAUCGUCGUUAGUUAUGAGCGACGAACCACAACCGCUGCCGAAAAGGAACACGACCAGGCUUCUAAACAGCAAAGUAAUUUCUGCAUCUUUGGGCAAAGGAAGGCACAUACAACUGAACGAGCCCGUCAGGGUCUACUUCAAACAUCUGUCUAUUGAGAACGUCACCAAUCCAACUUGCGUGUUUUGGGAUUACAUCUUGAGCGCUUGGUCUGAGGAGGGUUGUCAAAUACGGAAAACUAACGAGACGCACACAAUAUGCGAGUGCAAUCAUCUCACGAAUUUUGCCGUUCUAAUGGAUAUACACGCUGUCAGAUUAGACAUCGCCCAUCAAGUCGCGUUGCAGAUCAUAACAUACAUUGGUUGCAUAAUAUCUGUCGUUUGCCUAGUUCUAGCUAUUCUGACAUUCCAAUUGUUUCGCGGGCUCAAGUCGGACAGAACGACCAUCCACAAGAAUCUUUGCGUGUGUCUAUUGAUCGCGGAAAUUUUAUUCGUUUGCGGAAUCGGACAAACGAACCAGAGAAUUGUCUGCGGUAUCGUCGCCGGGCUGCUCCACUUCUUUUUCCUCUGCGCGUUCGCCUGGAUGUUCCUCGAAGGUUUCCAAUUAUACGUAAUGCUGAUCGAAGUGUUCGAAGCGGAGAAAUCGAGGCUACGGUGGUACUAUCUGGUCGCGUACGGGGCCCCGUUACUGGUCGUCGCCAUUUCUUGUAUAAUCGAUCCUCUAAGUUACGGCACCGACCGAUAUUGCUGGUUACGAGCAGACAACUACUUCAUCUUCAGUUUCGUUGGACCUGUGAUACUCGUUAUACUGGCGAAUCUGGUAUUCCUGUCGAUGGCAAUUUACAUGAUGUGCCGACACGCGAACACGACCGUGGCGAUGAAGAGUAAGGAGCACUCGCGAUUGGCCAGCGCAAGUGGAAAGGAAGAGAAUGCUCUUCCCAACAAAUUGCAAGCGCACUUGGCAUGGCUGCGAGGAGCAAUCGUCCUGGUAUUUCUUCUGGGACUCACCUGGACGUUCGGGCUCCUCUACUUGAACCAGGAGUCCGUCGUGAUGGCGUACGUCUUCACCAUAUUGAAUAGUCUUCAAGGGCUGUUUAUCUUUAUGUUCCAUUGCGUUCAGAACGAGAAGGUGAGAAAGGAGUACAGGAAGUUCGUGCGCCGGCACUCGUGGCUGCCGAAGUGCCUCAGGUGCUCGAAGACGGUGACCGGAACCUCCGGCGGCUCUUCCGGUACCAGCGGUGGUGCUGGUGGCGCAAACGGCGGUAAGGACUUCGGCUCGCACAACACCUCGUCGAAUCCGUCGGCGCCGACCACCGACAGCUCCGGAUUGUCGCCGCACGCUGCCUCCAAUUACUUGGCGUCCGGUCGAAGCUGGGCGAUUGUCGAUAGGCAGCCGGCAGUGACGGUGCCAGGUGAAUCCUCUCCGACAGAGGCUCACAUCGUGGCCACCCUGCCGUACGCCCGUCACGCCUUCUUACCCUCAGCUCCCAAUAUCCCCAAAUCUGCCACCGCCACUUGGGGCCACCUUAACAAAAACCUUAUGUGGAAGAACAUUUCUUUUAAAUCGUACUCCCGCGACUCCGGCCACGGCGGCUCCGAGCAAGAAGAUUCACCGAGGACGCACAACACCCUGACUUUAGGUCAUUCAGCACGGAAUCGCGGCGCGAGGAACAUAACCGAGAACAACGACAUCGUUGGCAACAGGAUUACCGGUAACGGCGGCGGUAGAAGAGCGGCGAUGCCUUACAAGCACAAGUACACGGAGAUCAUCGACGGUCGCGCGAACGGUCCUGGUCACCAUCAGUUCCACGGCCAUCAUGGUCAACACGUGCAUCUGCCUCGGGAUCUGACGAACGAGGACGAACCAGUCUACGAAGAGAUCGAAAGGGGCGGUGGCGGUGGAGGUGGCGAGAUUCAAGUGUCGGACAUGUCCGAUGAAGACGGCAGAAGGCAGAGCGAUAUGAGCCGACAAUCGUCGAGAAGUUAUGCCGAUCACAGGCCGUUGAUCCCCUAUUCGCCAGCCGCCGAAAGGAAUUUGGUGCAUUACGGGCAAACGUUAACGGACCGUGGUAACGGCGAUGCUAACAUUCAUUGCGACGUGUUGGAAUACAGCUCAGCGGAGCGAACCCUAAACGCUUGCUGGGAGAAGCUGCGAAAACAGCAGGCAUGGUAUGAACGUGGUGACCUGCCGCGGCUUCCGCCUAGUUACGGUAUACCGCCGCAGCCAGAUCACACGAGAACGGUCGCAGUACUCGACGGCCACACGGUCGUCUGCCAUCUGCAGCCGCAGGCGGACAUGUACACCGGACGCGGGAUGCCACCGCCCUCCUAUAGCGAGUGUUAGGACGCCCCCGAGGACAGGAUCCUGUUAUCGUCCUCUUGGUCUUCCUACGCGAGGACGACGGACGUGGUCCUGGCUGUCGAGACGCUGCACCGCGUGGCAAUCGAACGAUACUCGGAAGAACGUAUGCUCGCGGACGUUACGGAAAGGUGGCUUCAACGCACGAAUCAGUGGAAUCUUCGAUGAUGAUGAUCCCCUUUCGAUCACGAUGGUUCCUUCUUGAAGAAGAAGCCACGAAUCUGAAGCGAGCGAACGCGGUACUCGUAGUACGUCCAGCCGGAUAAACGAGGACGACAUGUUUCCGUCGUGGACGCGAUUCAUCGAACCUGAAAGUCGACGAUCGCCGUGUUUCUUAGCCAUAACCGGGCCACGAGGAUUGUGGUCCGUUCUCCUUUGUUUCUAUAAUAUUUCUGUUUAAUCGAGGAUCGCGUGGAUUCAUCCACGCCGAAGGACGUGUCUGUCGUCUCCAGUUCUGGAACCGUGCGAGUGUAUGACGAAGCGCCGUGGUGUUUGUACGAUAGCGUGAUUUAUGAAAACGACAAUGGAAUGGACCUCCCUGUUAAUGUUUAAUCAAUUGUCGUCGUACCGUCGAAACAGUGAUCGGUUUCCUACUAUUUGGCUCACCGAUAAGGCGAUUGAAUACGAUAUCAUGCGGAGAACGAUAAAACGUGACGAGUCCUCUUUAGGUUUCUAAAAUCUGCUAGGAAAACGCUGCAGAAUUCGGUUUCGAGGAAGACUCAUACAUAAACGCUCGUUUGCUGCAACAGUAGCGUGACUUAAAAUACAUUUCUAAGAAACUAGUUGGAAAUCUUUAAUUACAACUUGAUAGGAUUAUUAUAUCCAUUAGAUAAAAUUAUAAUAACAUCAUCAUUCACUGCCAUGAAUUCAUCAGGGAUCUUCCAGAAUUAAUCGAAUCAAAUAUAGCACUGAUACAACAACUAAAAGAUUGUGACUUUUAAAACAAUAAGUUUGAAUACCUGGCAAUAUUGUUUAACUAUUUUCAUUUUAAGAAUAUUACACUGAACUGCCAAAUAGUGGCAUUUAAAGUAGAAGUAUCGCAUCCUCCACUGCCAUUCAGUAGGGAUUUGUUCUAUUCAUACACGUUAGAAAUCACAAAAGGACAUGAGAAUUAUAUCAUUGUUGCAGUAAAUAAGCGAUACCACCACGAUUCGGAUGAGAUAAAUCUUGCCGUUUUAUUUCCUUGCGUUCAACCGGAUGAUCUUACCAUUCGUUGUCGGUUUGUCCUCGAAGCCAGUCCUUGUACGCGUUUAAGUCUCGAGGAUGAAUCUUUCUCAAUAAUCUCAUCGAUAUCAGUUCUGCUCGUUAACAGGAACAAUUCGAAGUUGACAUGAAAGACGGUAAGACAUAUCGACAUCGAUCGAAAAUAAGAUUCACCGCGAGUUUCGGUGCUGAAAUCAUUUGGUUUGUUAACGAACCAAGAUAUCGAUGAAAUUACGACUUGGAAUACCCAAAGGAAAUCGGCGACGACUCGAUAAAGGAAUCUGAAGCCUGUGUUUUCUUUCGCAAUGUUUCGACUUUCAUUGUAUCCCGAGGACAGUGUUCACUGGCAUAUCUUGGAUUGCUGAAUCGGUACUUAUCUCGAACGGAAGAAAAAUUCAAGUUACUUAAUUAAUCGAUCAACGCUUAUUUCGAUUAUCACUAUCCGCGUUUAACUCGUGAUCGUGUUGUAGAAUUACUUCUACACAAAAACAGUCGAACUGCUUUUGAAUAUAAUAUUUGCAACUCGAACUUCAAGUUUCGAAGACGAGAAUAAAAAAGUACACGUGUACAGAUAGCGACUGAUUCACAGUUUCCUCCAAAGGAAGAGCCACGGCUUAAAGUACCAUUAUCAGGUCGUCCCGGCCAGCUCCUCACUGUACAUUGCUUUGGAACGUUACGUUUUAGUCCCAGAAUGUUAUUUUUAUAAAUAAAAAAAUUAUAUAUAAAUGUAUAUGUAUGUAUACAGUAAUGAUAUGAUAUAUAUAUA